UGUUUGUUUUGUCAGAUGAACCCUAAUAUAUUUAUAAGUUGAUGGGGUGUGGGAAAACUGAGAAGCUUCUCCAAUGGCUUCUUAUCGUUUUCUUCUCUUCCUUGUUCAUCUUUUGAUGACAAUCCCAGAGAUUAGCCAGUCCAAGCCCAUGCGUUGCGAUUGUGGUAGCUUUCCUUCCACAUUUGCAAAAAACAACCUAUCGCUUUGCAAGAAUCUGAGAGAAUUUGAUGGGGUUUUUGGGUGGAAGAUUGAAGGAGGAAAGAUUGGCAUUGGCUUUAAGGCUCGAAAGGCCGGGUCGACCGGGUGGGUGGCUUGGGGAGUUAACUUCCAGUUGCCUAUCAUGGUCGGUACACAGGCAAUUGCUGCGCUCCCGAUGGCCAAUGGGAGCAUCCAAUGGCAGACCUAUAACCUUAUCCCGGAAUACACCUUGAUGGGAAACCCGCUUCCUUUGGCACCUGCCCCCAUAGAAAUCACAGCAAAUGUUACAGAAAUCCAAAAUGAAGGUGGAUUCAUAACAUUGUUUGCUACCAUUUCUCACCACCGGUUUCACGACGAAAACUACACCAUUAACCACCUGUGGCAGGUGGGCUCGCGCGCCGAUGACAUCAUACUCCACAGGCAUCCCAUGAGUCUGAAACAUUUCGAUAGUCGGGAGAGACUCGACCUUAUGUCCGGGGAGACACUCUUGCAGAGUAGCACUCACCGCAUCAAUUCCAUCCGCACAGUGCAUGGGGUGUUGAAUGUGGUAGGUUGGGGAAUUCUCUUGCCCACAGGAUUGCUAUUUCCCAGGUACUUUCGGGAAGGAGGGAUCAUUAAUGAGAAACAAGAUAGUGGACAACCGAUAGAUAACAUAAACAAGAGCAAAAAGAAAAAAUGGUGGCUUGCUGCCCACGUGACAAUCCAAUUGACUGGCAGCAUCCUCGGAACAGGUGGUUGGAUUAUUGGAUUGUUGCUUGCGAGUUGGUCUAAGGGGUACCAUUUUGUUGGGCAUAGAGUUUUGGGCAUCAUGAUCUUCAUCAUGGCAUGCUUACAGGGACUUGCUCCACUUCAGCGGCCUAAUAAAGAUGAUGAAAAAUACUACAGGAAUUGGACCAUUUAUCACCAUUUCAUGGGUUACUCGCUGAUUUCUAUAAUUAUUGUCAAUAUUUAUAAGGGCUUUCGCAUCCUUGAUCCACCAAUUCCUUAUCAGUGGGCAUAUUAUGGAGUCCUUUUCUUUAUAGGUGCACUUGCUCUGUUACUCGAGAUUUUCACUUGGGUAAGAUUUUACAAGUCGAGAUUGAUAUUGGAUUAAAAACUUGAUCAACUCGAGAUUUUCACUUCGAGACUCGAUAUUGGCUCAAAAACUUGAUCAGGCCAGUGUGUGCCAAAUUCGGCAAUACCUUUCUAACCUUUAAGAAACCUUUAAGAUUCCCUAGCUUAUGUGAAAUAAUUGUGUGCCAUAAAAUAAUUAUGUUUAGUUUUUUCCUCA